CUUGCAAAGAAAGUGCGAUAUAAAAAUCCACCUGCUCGUGGUGAAAUUGCACAGGGACAGUUCCACGUUUACCUGCGCGACCUUUAGCUGAUGACGCAGGAGCUCAUUUGGCGCUAUAAAGGCGAGCGCGCGCGUCUCUGUACACAUUCACACACAGCUGGAGCUCGCGCUCGGUAGAAUCAGGAAACGCGCGCGGCAGCUCAGCUUCUCUCUAUUUCUCUUUGUGUAAAUAGCCGACAAGCCGCAGGUGAAGCUGGAGGCCAGCGUGCAUCUCUCUCCUCAGUAUGAGUGCAGCGGAAGAGAGAGACAGGCUCCUCCGUGGAGCGACGAACUGGCUCAAAUGUCCCGACACAUCUACACUCGACACGGGACAAAUGACGGCGCGUCUAAAGCCGUGUUUCAGAUCAACAGAGGCACCUAUUCCCGUCGCAGCCGUCUCAAGAGGUCUGACGGCAGCACUACUUCCACCAGUUUCAUCCUCCGUCAGGGUUCAGCUGAUUCCUACACGAGCAGGCCAUCUGACUCAGAUGUGUCUCUGGAGGAAGAGCAGGUUGGCCGCCAGGAGAGAGAGCAACAGGCCGUGGCGCAAUUGGAGAGGGCUAAGGCCAAAGCAGUGGCGUUUGCUGUGAAGACGAAUGUUAGUUACUGUGGUGCUCUGGAUGAAGAUGUUCCUGUUGCUGGAACUGCCAUUUCCUUUGACACUAAAGACUUUCUCCACAUUAAGGAGAAGUACAACAAUGAUUGGUGGAUUGGGCGACUGGUAAAGGAGGGGUGUGACAUUGGUUUUAUCCCGAGCCCUUUAAAACUGGAGAAUAUCCGUCUUCAGCAGGAGCAGAAGAGGGGGCGCUUCCAUGGGAAGUCCAGUGGGAAUUCCUCUUCCAGCCUUGGAGAGAUGGUGUCAGGCACGUUCAAAACCAAUCCUCCGUCUGCAGCUAAACAGAAACAGAAAGUGGCUGAGCAUAUUCCUCCAUAUGAUGUCGUCCCCUCCAUGAGGCCAGUGGUUUUGGUUGGUCCUUCACUAAAGGGAUAUGAGGUGACAGAUAUGAUGCAGAAAGCACUUUUUGACUUCCUGAAGCACAGGUUUGAUGGCAGGAUAUCUAUUACAAGAGUGACAGCAGACAUCUCAUUAGCAAAGAGAUCUGUGCUCAACAACCCAAGCAAGAGAGCCAUUAUUGAAAGAUCCAACACCAGGUCAAACUUGGCGGAAGUCCAGAGUGAGAUUGAGAGGAUCUUCGAGCUGGCUAGAUCUCUUCAGCUGGUUGUUCUGGAUGCUGACACGAUCAACCACCCAGCUCAGCUCAUUAAGACCUCAUUAGCACCCAUUAUUGUGCAUGUCAAAGUUUCUUCUCCCAAGGUCUUGCAGCGGUUGAUCAAAUCACGUGGGAAAUCACAGAGCAAGCACCUCAAUGUACAGUUGGUGGCUGCAGACAAAUUGGCUCAGUGUCCUCCGGAAAUGUUUGACAUUAUUUUGGAUGAAAACCAGCUAGAGGAUGCAUGCGAACACCUGUCAGAGUACCUGGAAGCCUACUGGCGGGCAACACACACGUCACUGAGCACUCCACUCAACCCUCUGCUGGGACGCAACCUGGGCUCCACUGCUCUCACUCCCUACCCCACAGCCAUCUCUACUUUGCAGAGCCAAAGAAACAAAAACAGGAACCAUUCUAGCGAUCAUUCUCCAAUUGAGAAGUGCAGUCUAAUGACUGCAACUGAAAACUACCACAACACCGAGCGUCAACAGAAGAGCCGGGAGCAAUGGCCACUAGUGGAGGAGGACUACACCGACCCAUACCAGGACACGUACAAACCACACCGGAGCCGUGGCUCUCCAGGGGGAUACAGCAACGAGUCACACCACAGAACCUAAGUUCACUUCUGUCAUCAUCGGAGACCUUUUCAGAAGCAUAGUACCUUGUAUUCCCUCUCGCACUGGUUCUCACCACUGGGGAAAAAUUGGGGCACGUUUGCUUUAAUGUCUGUAAAAUGUUUGUCAGAGAAAUUUGAGGUACAGUAUUCUGUAUUUCAAAAUAUCUCAGUGAGGGAAUUAUGAUCAUGGAUAGCCAAAAAUUAAUUGCUGUCCCUCUGGUAAAUUAUCUAUCUAAGGAUUCAUGUCUUGUAGGUAAGUUCUAAGUGCAUUUGCAGGGUCAGGUGAUGAAGCAGGAUGGCUCAGGUCAAGAUGCAGAAAUGGCACAGUGUCAAGAGCCUUUUGCACGUAUUUAGUAAUUACUAGAAAUAGAGCGCACACUUCCAGAGUAAUGCCAGUGUAUGACAUUUGUUCAUAUGGUGUCAGUUCUGAUUGAGAGUGCUCAGAGUGCCUCAGGAACAGGACAUUAAAAGGUGGAUAUAAAAGUCUACAUGCCUCUGUUAAAAUUGCAGGGUUUUGUGAUGUCAAAAAUUAAACCAAGAUAAAACAUGUCAGACAUUUUUCAAUCUUUAAUGUGAUACAGAAACCAACAAGAUAAAUAAAAUUGAUAUAGGGGGAAAAAAAUAAAAUAAUAACAAUAGAAAAACAGUAACCUGGUCGCACAAGUGUGCGCACCCUUUUAUAAUGGGGCGUGUGGCCUGUGCUCAGAAUGAACCAUUCACAUAAACUCAUGUUCAAAAGUAAUUAUCACACAGCUGUCAUCAACAAAGUCAUUCAGAUUAACCUCAAAUAAAGAUCAGCUGUUUCCGUGGGAUUUUCUUGACAUGUUCUUGGUUUCAUCCAAUUGCUGUAGCCGUGGUCUGCAAAGAGCGUACAAAGCAUGUACAAUCUCAUUGUUGAAAAGUAUCACUCAGGAGAAGGGUACAAAAGAGUUUCCUAAAAAUUAAAUGUACCAUGGAGCACUGUGAAGGCCAUCAUCAUCAACAAGUGGAGAAAAUGGGGCACCACAGGAACAUUAUCAAGAUGUCAGGAUGUCCCUCCAAAAUUGAAGAAAGGACCAGAAGAAAACAUAUCAGAAAGACUGCAAAGAUACUUUCAGCACCAUUAAAGGAGCUGUAGGAAUAUCUGGCAAGUAUUUGCCACUCCUUCCAUGUGCCAAAAAUCUCUCAUAUUUUUUUCAUGUCUGGGCUAUGGGGUAGAGUGGCUAGAGGGAAGCCCUUUCUCACUAUAAAAAUCACCCCAAAGUAUGUGUCAUAGCGUGUUAUGAUCUGAUGAAACCAAAGCAGAACUUUUUGACAUAAUUCUAAAAGAUAUGUUUGGUACAAAAACAAGAUAGCAAAGAACACCAUACCCAGGGUGAAGCAUGGUGGCAGCAGCAUCAUGCUAUGGGGCUGCUUCUCUUCAUCUGGGACUAGGGCUCUAGUCAAGAUAGAGGGAAUCAUUGAUCACUCUAAAUAUCUAUUUUGGCACAAAAUCUGCAGGCCUCUGUUAAACAGCUGAAGAUAAAGAAAAAAAUUCCCCUUCCACCAACGUAACAACCCAAAGCACAUAUCCAAACCAACAAAUUAAUGGCUUCAGAAGAAAAUCAUUUUGAAAUGGCAUCAGCGUCUUAAAUACCUGUGCAAGGAGUCGGAAGAGGGCUGUGCACAGGAGAUGUGGAAACAAAAAACAUAUACUAUGUUCACGAGGCAGGAAACAUAUACAGACCGUGGGUUACACACGACAAAAGCUUGACAAAGAAACACACUGAAAUUAGCCCUGCGUCCCGAUCGGCAUACUGUCCGUACUAAAUAGUAUCCGAGAUGAGCAUCAGUGUGUCCCAAAUCGUAGUAUGUUGAAACGAGUAUCCCAGAUUGUCCAGUAAUUCUGGUACAGUUUGGAAGUGUGGACACUUUUUCAGCUAAUAUCUCCCACAAAUCUGUGGGAGAUAUUAGCUCCUCAUGAGGGAGGAGGAGUUUAGGGAUGAUUUACUUUGACUCAAGGAUACAUUUUCGAGAGGUGUAAAUGAAACAUGGAAAAAUAAAUCAACAGAAUGAUGAAUUAAAUAUAGUAUGAACUAAUAUAAGGAAUAAUGAAUGAAGAAAAGCUAAAAUGCAAUGAGGAGUUUGUUUAAGGUGACCGUGUUCUCUUCCGGGCGACAACGUUCACUUCUGUUACACAACGUGUUAGUAUGUCCCAGUGCUUUCAUACUCUUUUGAUGCACACUUCUACACAAAAAGAGUGUGUACUUUUUGAACAUAGUACAUGAAUGCCAAUUAGGACGCACAGCAGAACUUAAAUAGCGGUGCUAAUUAGGUGCAACAGAAAAUUGUUAGUCAUGUGAUGUGCUGGGGCUGAUGGGUAAUGAAGUUCUGUGCCGUUACCAGCUUUAACAUGACACUUGAAAUUUCUUGCUUGCUAUAUCACAUUAAUUGUGGAACAAAAUCUGACAUCAUGAUUUAUAUUGGUUUCAUUUUUUUUUUUCCAUCACAAAAACCUGCAAAUUUUAAGACGGACAUGUAUGCUUUUUAUACCAAAACAUAACCCUUCUCCAUAUGUUGAUACUGAGAAUACUGAAAUAUGAGCCACAUUGUGUAGAUUACUUACAAAGACCUAUUUUAGUCUCAUAGAGAAGUCUACAGUCUCAUUUGAUAGUUAUAGUGUAUUCUGCAAUGGAAUUACACAAUGGCUAUAUCUUUAAAUUAGAAUGAUUUAACUCAAAGAUGUAAAUGGCUAGAAACCAGGAAACCUAGAUGUAAAUAGCAUUCAAAUGAUAUUUUGAAAUGAGCAAAGAUAUAUGUUUGCCCUCUUAGUUUUGUCAAAUCUGUGUAUAGAGUAACUUAGUAACUUAAGGAAGCAAUACAUAGAUUUAUAAUCAAAUAUCUCAAAUGUGGACGUACCAAUAUAAUUGAAAUAUAAGUAAAUAUUAAUAUUAGGGUAAAUAUUCAGUGUCAGUACGUGGUGUCCUAGAACUUCUGGAAAUAAUGUUAUUAUCUGCAGUGGCUGUUUUGUGGCUGUAGUUUCAUAUGCCAUGGACAGCAUUAUUUACUGCAGUGCUAAUGUACUAGUAAUGUACGAUUCACGAGAAUGACACAGAGCUCUUUUAGAUCAGACGCUAGCUUUUAAGAGUGUCCCCUAUUUCAUGGUGUGUGUUGUCUUUGAACAAUAUACAGUACAUGCCAGGCUCUCAGUUGCACAGUGACAGAUUACACUAAAAGCCUUAUCCACUAAGAAAACAUCCACUAAGCAGUUUCCAAACCUGAGCCAAUGAAGGGCAGUGCAGUUGAGUAAAGUGUCCUUACUGUACUACUGGUGCCAGCCCCAUUCUGCCAGGCCUUUAGCAUUAUAUAAUGUCCAUUAGUUUACAUGCAGCAUUUUGCUGAAUAAGGUAGGAAACAACAGUUUGCUUUUUAAAAAUACAUGUAUUUCACACGGACACAUUUUCAUUCAUUAAAAAGGAAACAGAGAAUGUUGACUCAAGCCUUCUAUAUACAUCAUUCACAAUGAUAUGUUUCAGUGAGAUGUUUGUUUCACAUUUAUUUGUUACACUCCUCCAGGGUGGUGAUCAUUUAGGUUCAUACGCUGAAUAUCACACACACACACACACACACACACACACACACACACACACACAAAACACUUAUUUAGUUAUUUAUGUGUAAGUUCUCAAUGUUUAUAUUGAUAUGUGAUUGUAUGUCUUAUGUAUUGUAGCUAAUGCUCAGGGUCUUUACAAUAUCAUCAGGUUGUGACAUUUUUUGCCAUUUUAUAUUGUUGUAAAUUUACAAAGUGUCCUGUCAUAUCACACAAUGUAUAGUUUUGUUUCAUCUGAUACACCGAAUCAUGUUUUUGGGUGUUUUUUUUUUUUUUUUUGCCUUCAUAAUUAUAUUUCAAUUUAUUUCUCAUUGCAAACACAUGAUCUAAAUAAAACUCCAGAUACAAUCUAUAUAGUUUUAGUUUAUAAUGAUGAUGAAUAAUGUGAUGUAGACAUGUUUCUCUCAUUGAGAGAAGUUACUUUUCCCUCAUUUAUGGGUCUAGUAAAACCAUCUCUACCCUGGCAACUCCUCCCUAAAAGAGAUUUUAUUUGUUCUUCUAUGGCUGAUGUGAUGCAGAUUCACGAGCCGGAUACCUAUAUAAUCGAGAAUAAAUGACGACUAUUUACUAUGCAAAUGUGUACAGUGCUGCAUGCUGAUGCUUUCCCUCCCUCUGCAGUUUCUUUGGAGUUCAGUUGAAAUUUUGCCAUUCUUUUUGUGCAGGAUGGCAUCUGAGAGCAAUGCAAAACUGCAUGCAUCCUAUUCCACUUGAUUCAAUUAAUCUAAUUAAGAAAGAGUGUGUUUUUGGAAUGUGAGAGCAUAUAUGUGUAAGAUGGAUCAAGCUGCAUUUGUUAAUGUUUCCUUUUAUUUAAAAAAUAAAUGAAUCUAUAAGA